AUGGAAACACGAACUAUAAGAAUUCCUAAAGAUUUGUCUACUGAGGAUUUAAGAUAUUAUACAGCCAUGCCAAUUAAUUUUGAGAACAAGCUUGACAAAGAAGUUUGGAAAAUUUAUAUGGAAAGCAUCAAUAGAAUUUGUAAGAAGUAUGAAACUCCUUCUUUUUGGAAUAUUUUUAGAUACAUUCCACCUGUUUUACUUUUUUAUGAACCAUCUGGAUUUGAAAAUGAGAUUGUAAAGUGUAUUGAAAUAAUUAAUUUAGAGCUCAAGUCUAAAGGAAUUAAAAUACUUGAUUUAAGAAAAACUGGAUAUAUGGAGAUGGUGAUUGAAAUUUCUAAUUAA